CGUGCCGACGCCCCGUUCCAGGGUUGUCGUGAUAGCGCUUUGGCUCGGUGCUCUAGUUUCCACGCGUUCUUGUCUGCUCACGCACCAGAGUUCCAAGUCAUGGCGCCUCCAAAGUCGAAGCAGCACGUCGUCGCAGAGGAUGGCACGCAGCCGCCCGUUGAGCCAGACACGCUCGAGAUGUUCCCAUCGGGCGAGACCCAAUGGGAAGGGCCGCCCGACUCCCUCACGGACUCUAUGGUGCCAGAAGACUACGCCAACACCAUUCCAGCUGAAGUGCUGCAGCAUCGCCGCUCGCUAGAGCCAGCCCGCCCAGAGAAGAUGGACAAUAUCCCAUCGCCAACGCCAGGGACAGCAGGCAGUGCCUCAUCGGGGCAGGCCGCGCCACCUCCAGUUGUACGCUUCGCCGAUGUGGCGAAGAAGCUCAGUGAGGCUCCGACGCCGCAGUACUCGUUCAAGACGGAGCUCGCGGCAGCAGCGGCCAGGACGAAAACAACCACGGAGAAGCUGAGCAUGACGGCAGCGUCCCGCUGGGACAGGUGGGGGGGCGUCCCGGUUGGCAUCCAGCAGGGCUUCAUCGACAAGUUGGGCUCGAGGUUCCCAGUGAAGAUGCGGGAGCUGCCCGUCGAGAGCACGAACUACAAGGUAUUUUUCGAGGUGGAGUGCAAUAUGGGCCCGAGGACUCGGCAAUCGUGA